AUGGAAUCGCCGAGUAUCCCGGACAAUCGACCUCACAAGGCAGCCUUCAUGGCACACACGCCUGAAAUUGUCGAGCCGAACGACGAUACCAUCACCAAGACACAUGCUCUCUCUGUACGCUCCGAUUCUCCUCCCUGGCAAGCUUACGAGCCAUCGGCCUUUGGUCAGCCGGUGAUUGGGAGGCCACCGACGGGAUCGAAAAUCAAUGGCGAGUCCUCGCGCAGGUAUUCCAUGGACCAAGAAUCCAUCGUCGAUUCAAUUGGCAACCAAUCUCUCGGUCACCACUCCAUAAGAGGCCAACCUGACAGGCAGUGGCAGUACGGCCAGCAUCAAUUUGACCAGCGAUCGCUCACCAACCUCUCUCUGGACCAGCAGUCUGUAGGAAACCAAUCGCUUGGACACCACUCUAUAGGCGGCCCACCGAGGGGUUACUACUCAUCGCCUACGUCCCCAACCCGCGAUGUCCACUCGUCCUUCUCUACCAGAUCAAUGCGACGGAACUUCGUGGUGAACGAGCUUCCAGUUCUGCAACAGACAAACCCCAACGAGGGCUCCGAACAAUUUUACCCGAUUGUUGAAGAAAACGAGGAACAAUCUUACAACCUGGUCGCUCCAUACGAAGGUGACGCAGCCCCGCUGCAUUCUCUGGAGCGACAAGCGGACUUGAUGUUUUGCUCGGAGCAUAUGUUGGCGAUUCUCAAUAACCCGCGUUAUCUUGCGCGUUUCCGCGAGUUCCUGCACCAGGAGCGCCCUGGGUCACUUUCGACUUUGACUUAUUAUCUCAAUGCCUGCAAGUCGCUCAAGGCUAUUGAGUAUGCUAAUGCGCUCGUGCGAUUGGCUAUCGAUGUGCCAACGGCUGGUGUUGAAACGGCCGAGCAGCCUGUUGGUCCUACUGUUACCACCGCGCUUGAAGCUCGUGUGCAGGCGGCAUUGGAUGCUUUGACUGCGGAGGAGCUGCCUGCUUUCAUCACUUCUACUUGUAUCAGCAUUACUAGCAGAGUUGUUGAAGAGCGUGUGCGCGGAACCCUCCCGGAUAAGUUCCAGGGUACUGCAGAUGCGCUGGCUGAGGUGUUCUGUUUGACGGAUCCGUCGCGGCCAGAUAAUCCUAUUAUCUUUGCUUCUGGAGAAUUCCAUCGCACUACUCAGUACGGUAUGGACUAUGUCCUCGGAAGAAACUGUCGAUUCUUGCAAGGCCCAAAAACAAAUCCCAACAGUGUGCGGCGUAUCCGAGAGGGGAUUAAGGCCGAGAGACACCACUCCGAGCUCUUCCUCAACUACCGCCGCGAUGGCUCUCCAUUCAUGAACCUCCUUCAAUGUGCACCUCUUUGCGACAGCCGUGGAAAGGUCCGCUACUUCAUCGGUGCCCAGAUCGAUGUCUCAGGACUAGCGAUGGAAGGCGCUCAGAUGGAAUCCCUACAAAAUAUCCAAGCGCAAAAGGAAAAUCCCUCAACGAACGGCUCCACGACCAAAGAGUCAAAGAGCGAGUUCCAAGAACUAGGCGAGCUUUUCAGUCCCCGUGAACUCCAGAACGUGCGCGAACACGGAGGCAACCUAUUCCAACCGAUCGUCAACGAAGAUCCGAAUCAUCGACUCUUCCUGCAAGAUUCCGAUACCGAGACCGAGGGCGGCACCCAAGAUCAACCGCCAUCCCAGUCAAAUCCCACACCAGCUCCAUCUCCUAGCCUUUCCCUGGCCGGUGUCUACAAACACUACCUCCUCGUCCGCCCAUACCCCUCCCUCCGCAUCCUCUUCACAUCUCCCUCCCUCCAAAUCCCAGGGAUGCUCCAAUCCUCCUUCCUAAACCGCAUCGGUGACUCAGGCGCCAAACGCGAUAAUAUACUGAACGCCAUGAUGGCCGGCCGGAGUGUCACGGCGCGCAUCAAGUGGGUGACCAAGUUUAAUGAUCAAGGCCGCAAUCGUUGGGUUCAUUGUACGCCUUUGUUGGCGAAUAAUGGGCAGAUUGGUGUUUGGAUGGUUGUCGUUAUUGAUGAUGAAGAUGAAAAUUCUGUUAGGUGGACUGGUAAUUGGCCUUCUAAUUAUUAA